GCAUUUGAAUAAGUCAUUACCCUAUUCACAGUUUCUGAGGGUGUUGCGUAAUAACUCCCAAAGCCAUCAGUGUAACCUGCAACUAGAAACCAUGUACAACAGAUUCCAAGCUAGAGGAUAUCCACACAAUAUACUCGAUGAAGCUCUUAAGAGAGCUAGAACGGCUUAUACUUUACCAGAUUCUCGGGAUGUGAAAGCAGCUAACACCAGAUCCAUCUUCCCGAUGCAAUAUACUGCAAGUGUGGAACUGACUUCAUCCAUUCGUAAUAAUUGGAAUAUAUUGGCAUUGGACCCUACUCUCCCUGAGGAUCUCCGCCAGAAACCUUUGUUUUGCUAUUGA